AUCAUUGGCAAUUAUACACAAAUCACGCCGAAGCCAAACACACACAAAAAAAAAAAAAAAACAAAAACGAAAGAAGAGAGACAAUAUCAAUCAGCAACAGAUCUGUCCCUUAAACUACCACUAACCCGAAUCGUAUUCAUUCAUGGGUCAGUGAGCGACUUUGAAUCAAAUUCGAAUGCCACAUUUUGUUGCCAAAUCUCGAUAGUCAAUUUUGCAUCCUAACUUCCACCUAACAAUUAUUGCCCUGCUCCACCGAGCUCUCACAUGCUUUGCUUUCAGUCCACAGUUUCACUGCAUUGUGCCUCUGUUUUUUUUUUUUCAAUUGUUUUGUUUAUUAAGCUUUGAUUUGAUUCCUUCGUUUAGAAUUUGAGUUGAGACUGAAUUGGGGUUGUUCAAUUGUGUAUGAAGUUUUUUUUUUAUUUGAUUAAUUCAUUUUGAUGCUUACAAAUACAGAUGCUGUUUUGAAUGUGAAUGUUUGGUUUUUGGUUUUAUUUGAAUUGGUGGAAUUUGGAGCAGGUGGGGGGGGGGGGGGGGGGGAGGCAGAUUGGAGAUGUGUGAUUUUCACUAUGGAUGUCUCUGAGUCGUUUUGCUCUUUGGUUUUUCAGGUGCUUGUGUAGUAGCCUGUGUGUGAGGCUUUGAGGAGUUGCUGCUGCUGAGAAUGGCCGAUGUGGCAGGUCUAGUUGAGGCAUCGGGAUCCAGAUUCAGCUCAUUGGAGCUUAUUGGGCAGGGAUCAUUCGGAGACGUCUAUAAAGCAUUUGACAGGGAGCUCAACAAACUAGUCGCCAUCAAAGUAAUUGACUUGGAAGAAUCAGAGGAUGAAAUUGAUGAUAUCCAGAAGGAAAUUUCUGUUCUGUCCCAAUGUCGAUGUCCAUACAUUACUGAAUAUUAUGGUUCCUAUCUCAAUCAAACUAAACUUUGGAUAAUAAUGGAAUACAUGGCUGGUGGCUCAGUUGCUGAUCUAAUCCAAUCAGGUCCUCCCCUUGAUGAAAUGUCAAUUGCUUGCAUUCUACGUGACUUGCUGCAUGCUGUUGAUUAUCUACACAGUGAAGGAAAAAUUCAUAGAGACAUUAAAGCUGCAAACAUUUUAUUGUCUGAGAAUGGUGAUGUAAAGGUUGCAGAUUUUGGUGUUUCUGCUCAAUUAACAAGGACUAUAUCAAGGAGAAAGACAUUUGUAGGAACACCAUUCUGGAUGGCACCUGAGGUUAUUCAGAAUACAGAUGGAUAUAAUGAGAAGGCAGAUAUCUGGUCUCUGGGAAUCACUGCAAUUGAGAUGGCAAAGGGGGAGCCGCCACUUGCUGAUCUUCACCCAAUGAGAGUGCUUUUCAUUAUACCCCGAGAGAAUCCUCCACAGCUAGAUGAUCAUUUUUCUCGUCCAUUGAAAGAAUUUGUGUCAUUGUGCUUAAAGAAGGUUCCUGCUGAGAGGCCAAGUGCUAAGGAACUUCUCAAAGACCGUUUUAUCCGGAAUGCUAGGAAGAGUUCAAAGCUUUCAGAAAGAAUAAGGGAGCGUCCAAAGUACCAAAUAAAGGAAGAUGAGGAGACACCCAGAAAUGGUCCAAGUGGGAUGGGGGAGGCAUCAGGUACUGUAAAGGUGGCAAGAGAUUUAAGAGGUGAAGAAAAUAAUCGACCCAGUGAUCAGGGUAAAACCCUGAAAAGUGCUGGAUGGGACUUCAGCAUUGGUGGAUCACAGGGUACUGGAACCUUUCGUAAUGUUUCUCGACCACCUCAGUUUAGAGAUAAGAUAACUGAAGUUUCACAUAAUCAGCUUACUCAGCGAAAAGCUCCACAGAGUGGCUAUCAAGGGGGAUCUGUCAAUAGAAGUGCACUUAAUGAGUCACUUGAAAGUUCCUUUGGAAGAGAUCUUAGAGUUCCCCACCAUGAUGAGCAUCUGGAUAAUCACCUUGAAGAUGAUGAAUUAUCUGGGAAUGGAUCAGGAACUGUUGUUAUUCGAUCUCCAAAAGGAUCAAGGUCAUCUGCGUUUCGUGACCAGAGCUCUCAGUCUAGCAGCAGCUAUGCUUCUUUUGAAGAUGCUUCUUCAAGUGGAACUGUUGUUUUACGUGGCCAGCAUGAUGAGUCUGAUUCUCCACAGACACCAAGGUCUCGACUGGGACUUAAUGACAGAAAUUCAAAUGCCUCAAUGGAAGAUAGUGCAGCAAAUCUUGCUGAGGCAAAGGCUGCUAUCCUGAGGAAAUCAAAUGCUCGAGAGAAACUUGCCCGAGGAAAAAUCAACAAUGAUAGACAGGAAAGCAAAAGAGAUCAAAAGGCUAGUAGCUCUGAUUCUUCAAGACCACAUGGUGAAUAUGAUGCACACAAGGGCAUGUUAAGAUCACAUCAUGCUAGUGAUGGCGAAGAAAGUGCUAAAAUAAUGUCAUCAUCGGUGCCAUUAUCUGUUUUACUUAUUCCUUCAUUAAAAGAGGCUAUUGCUGAUGAUCCAGAACUCGUGAGGGCAGUUAUCAAUUCUUUAAUAAACAUGGAGGGUACAAAACCUAAAUCCUGUGAUGUUUUUGUCAAAAAGUUGCUUCAGCGAUUGGCAAGUUCAAAGGAAGAUUCAUUGAAGGACCUGCAGGGACUGGCAGACCAACUAUUCAGCAAGACCAAGUCAGCUCAAGAAACCCGAAAUGCAGAGGCUGAUAACAGGAAGAAACAACAAAACAAGGAACAUAAUUCAAAUAGCAAUUUAAGCCCACUAGCAAGAUUUCUUCUCUCAAGAUGGCAAGGCCAAACCUCACGGGAUCUAAACCCAUCUUGAGCAGAGUUAGAAGUUACAAGAUACCAAUUUGUCUGUUGUCUCUAUUUGUGCAUUUUUUUCCGAUUAAUUGUACAUAUAUUAUUGUAAGAAAUUAUUUUUCUAUGUUCUAUUAUUAUUAAAUUUAUUUUUCUUUGAAUUUUUUUUGCUCAAAGUGAUGGCGACAGCAGUGAUGUAUAAUUUAGAGGGUUUUGCAAAUUGUAACAAACUACAUUGAUUUGUAUUUUCUAAUAGUUGUCGCUUUGAAGAGUGGGAUAAUAAGCCAAAACACGAAUUAUCUCUUUUCCCACGUUAUUUAUCA